CCAUAGACGUAGUGGGCGGGGCAUCUUGGUCCUCUGCGAAAUGGACUCCUUAGCUGGCAGCUGCUGGUUCUCCAUCCAGAUGUUGGCGCUCAGCACCAGCCUCCUUUUAGGUUUCCAGGCUGUCAAGGACCCCAGCUCUUCUUGUACGUUGAACAGAACUGUGGGGGAAUCUGUGCAGCUGACACUGAACUCCUCACCAGACCCUAAUAUCCGAGAGAUUGAGUGGUCUUGGGAGUCCCCAUCUCAGAGAAAGCAGCUUCUGGUGUCCUGGAAGCCUGAUGGCCCUGGUCCUGAUUGGUAUGACAUUAAAGACCUCAAGAACAGAUUCAACCUGACAAAGCUGGGUUUCCUGAUCAUCAAGAAUCUCACUGUGGAAAUGAGUGGGCUGUACACAGCAGAAAUCAAAUUCAAGUCAGGACAAUCUCAAGUGGAGGCCUUUCAACUCUGUGUAUAUGAGCCCAUUCCACACCCCCAGAUUCAGAUUCAUUCGAUAUCCAACACAUCUGACUGGUGCAAUGUCACCCUCGAGUGUGACACCCCAGGGUACACUGAAGACCUCACAGUGACUUGGAUGGCCAACAAUCUGGAGCAGAAUAGAACACUGGUGCCAACCCCUCACUCCAAGAAUCUGAGCCUGAGCCUGCCCAUAGACCAGUGGAAUGUCCAUCUUACCUGUGUGGUCAGCAAUCCUGCAGACCAGAAGAAUGCCACCUUAGACCUGAGGGGCAUCUGUCCACAGAAGGGUCAUCCUCAGAGCAAUUGGAUUUGGAUGGUCAGCAUCUUGUUGGCUCCUCUGGUGGGCCUGGGGAUAGUCCUGUGGAUCUACAGGUGGAGGAAGAUGAAGACUGACAGAGCAGCUGCUCGCCAGGCCCUUCACACAGUGGACUAUGCUAACCAACAGACUGGAGGAGCUGAUAGUCUCGACACUCCCUACGCUGAGAUUGGCCUCCUGACACAGCCAAAGCAUCUCCUAUGACCACCUACCUUCCAGUUGCACUGAGCAUGGAGGCCUGGUGACAGGACCAGCUAGGGGAGAAAAGGGCUCUGAAAGCUCUGGCUCAGGAGUAGUGCUCUUAAACGUAAGUUCAUGUCAGCAUUGCCUAGAGGGCUUAGUAAUGGAAUUUCUGAUUCAGCGAGUCUACAUUGGGCCUGGGGAAUCUCCAAGCUCCCAGGUACCACUGACAUUCCUGGUCUCACCUUGAAAAAUUCUGAAAUUGCAUUUAUAAAGUGAUAAGUGUAUAUCAUCAAAAGCUAAAAGCUAUGUAUAGAUCUCAAGACUAAGUUAUCUUCUAAUUCCUUUAUCCAUGAACUUUGUGCAGUAACCUUGUAGAGGACAACUGUAAUGGGAAUAGGAUGGGGGUGAGAAGAAUGCCAAGUAAGAUAGUGCGGUGCAGGAAGUGCUAGAAGAUGACAAAUGCUAAGGAGGAAACAAAGCAUGGAGAAGGAGUGGGGAACAUGGGGUGGAGAGUGGGAUCAGAGGCUGAGAAUACAGGCCCUGGAAGACAUGAAGGAGGAAGUGCUCUGGAAGUUUAGGUGGCAGGAACAGGGUGUAGCAUCCUGGGCAGAGGACAGAGCAAGUGCAAAGAUCAUGGGGAUCUGGGCUGUAGCUCCAUUCUGGAAAAUUAUAUCCGAGUUGACAGCCAGAGUUAUCUGGUUGAAUUUGGAACUACACAGAGAGUAGGGGAUGCAGUUUAAAUGACUCCUGUACCUAAUUCUUAGAAGUUGACCAAGCCCAGUUCUCAUCCCCACUUGAAUUGUAGAACGACACAGAGGCAAGCAAUUGCCGUGCAAGGAGAUCCGAGCUUACUCCAGCUGUCCACACCAUCUACAAGGAGU